GUCGCGAAUGUCGUCCUUGUCCACCACGGGCCAUCGCAGCGCCGCAGCCAGAGCCCUGGCCACAGUCGAUUUCGCGCAUCCCGGAUGCCCCUUCAUCAGCACCAUCAGCUUCUGCUUCUGAUUCUCCUUCUCCAUCGCUCGCGCGCCCUGUGCCGUGCUUGCUUCCGGUAAUCCGCAUCCUCUGAAAUGGUCGCGCGCACAAGCUCGCUCGCUCAAGGCCGUGUCUCGUGAUUCCGGGUUCUUCGAGCGAGUCCGGAGGUGAUUGAUUGAGCUCGUGUAGUCGGGAGACAUUCGACCGCCGCGUUUUUGUGUCGCGGAGGACUGAUUCGACAUCUCGUAGUCGUCGGAGAGGACGGCGAUCUUCGAGACCAUGAGAGGUGUGGCGAUUGUGGCCACUUUGGCAGCCCUGCUCGCGCUCGCUGGAGCUGAGAAGGUGUGCAUCGUUGGUAGUGGGAUCGGAGGCUCGGCGGUGUCGUAUUUCCUCCAGAAUCACUCGGUGAAACCGAUCGACGUCGAGAUUUAUGAGAAGAGGAACAGAGUCGGUGGGCGCUUGGAUCGGAUUCAGAUCGGAGACGACUACUUCGAAGCUGGAGGAAGUAUAAUCGCGGAGAAAAAUAUGCACAUGCAAAACUUUGUUGAGCUGCUUGGACUCAAGAAGGUCGAUACUUCAGAUGAUGAUAGUAGUCUGGGAAUCUGGAAUGGUCGCGGCUUCAUUUUCCAAACGGUUCGUUCCGGGGAUUCGUAUGUUACGAAGAUGGUGACAAGCCUCUGGAAUACGCUACUGCUGCUCUGGCGGUAUGGCACGAGCCUCAUGACGAUGCAAUCGCACGUUUCUGGAAUGAUGGAAAAUUGGAUGAAGCUGUAUGACGAAGAUAUCCCGGUUUUUGAAACCGCUGAGUCUAUGUUGAAGUUCAUUGGACUAUAUGAACCCACUCAACAUACGCUGGAGGAAGACCUAGUUGCCAAGGGGUUGUCACGACUAUUGAUUGAUGAGCUCAUCACGGUCAUCAUGCGGAUCAACUAUGGGCAGAAUGUGAGUAUCAGUGGCCUUGCAGGUUCCGUCUCUCUCGCAGGCUCUGGGGAUGACCUAUGGGCAGUGGAGGGGGGCAAUUUUCAGGUUCCUGCAGGUUUAAUCAAGAUAUCGAACGCCUCGCUUUAUCUCAAUCAGGAAGUUGUGUCCGUAGAAUAUGUUGAGGGGACGUACAAGCUCGGGCUUGCAUCCAACGAGCGUAAGGACUGUGAUGCAGUGGUCAUAGCCACACCCCUUGAUGAGGUUUCUAUCAGCUUUACUCCCAAGCUCAAAUUGCCGGCUCGAAGCAUGCAACACACAAUUACUACUUUCGUGCGAGGCCUCAUCAACCCGAUAUACUUUGGUGCAAAGACAGCUCUCGAUUUACCAGUUCUGAUCGGCACCAUUGAAGACCCAGCUUUGCCAUUUUCGUCCGUCUCCAUUCUAAAGUCAUACUCUGCAGAGGAUAAUGUGUACAAGAUGUUUUCUCGACUUACUCCAUCAACUGUACUACUGGACCAAAUUUUCAGCAAAAGAACCUUCACAAGGAUCAUAGACUGGGCAGCAUAUCCUCACUAUGAAGCACCGGAACAAUUUGCUCCCAUACUACUUGAUGGUCAUCAUCUAUAUUAUGUGAACACUUUCGAAAGUGCUGCCAGCGCGAUGGAAGCCAGCGCAGUUGCUGCGAAAAAUGUGGCCCGUCUUUUACUUUCACGUACAUCAGGAGGAAUUCUAUCCCAAGUAGUCAGAAAGUCUGAUCUAGACGAAGCUGCGGAGUUGUAGAUAGCCCGUCGGAAAUGAGGGUGCUCCUAGAUUGUGACAGUGUUCGUAAAUCUACCAUGAAGUGUACAUAUUCGACACCUAGGAUGCUGUAACCGGAGGCGAACUGGUUCGUCAACGUGCAGAUGACCGAUUUUCACAUUUGUGAGUUUAUAAUUUUGAUGUACAUGCGUUAUUCCCAACUGGACGAAAAAGGUGAUUUAAUCAGUAAUUUUGAUUCCACAAUAUAGCACAAACAGCCACGUACAAUGUUGUGAGUGAUGAUGGGCGUAGUCAGUUGGAUAUUGUCUUCCUCAGUCUUGGAUCAGCAGGAAGAGUUUGCACUUUGAGAUAGUAAUUGUAAGUAGUUACGAUACAAUUAUCGUAAUUUGCAGUAAAGUGUACUGUCAA